UAUUUAAGGAGACACCGAGGAGAGAAACACACCACCCUGACCGUGCAUUCGCUUUCACAAGCUGAGAGAACGUUCUCAACUUCACAGCUUAUCAAUGGCCAGAUCAAUGGUUGCAAGGUCAAAGAUGUUGCUUCUUCGGGAAACCAAACGGGGCCAAUGCUGUCUUAACAACCUUGUUGGGGUGGACCAGGAGAGGUUGAAAGAUCAACUAGAGAAGAGGAUCAAGCCCUCAUGGUGGGUCCCGCACCCAAGGUCUGGGAUCUACUACCCAAUGGGCCAUGAACGGGUGAUGGAUGACGUUCCCGAAGGCGCCGCUCAUUCAGAUCUAACUUACUGGCUUAGAGGAUCUGAAGGGGUUGACGAACCGUCCAAUGACCCUUCAUUCGAUGGUCAGUGAUCGCCCAUCACUUGAUCUGCAUUGAUCAAUGCGAUUCUACGGUUGAAAACACUUAUUGGACUUUAAUGUUAGUGAUGAAUAGAAAACAGCACAUAUUAUCCAUAA